GAGGAUUCUGAUUGGUUGAAAAAUUUCCUCGAAUCCCAUUGGUCGAAAUUCACGACGUAAACCGUGAGCUCUCCAAAAAGGUCAUAGUAUAUUAAAAAGAGACAAAAACUGUCACAAUGAGAUCCAUGCGGCACAUAACCCAAAUUGCCUCCCGCCUCUCGGGAAUGGCCGGACUGAGCAGUCGUCUUAUAAGCCACAGUGCAGUGACUCACCAAAGCCCCCAAACCAAAGUUCCUGCAGCACUAUGGAAGUUGGGAAACCUUAACCAUGUGGCUAUUGCUACACCAGACCUGGAAAAGAGUACAGCACUCUAUAGGGAUGUCUUAGGAGCAGAAGUUAGUGAGGUGGAGGCUCUGCCAGAACAUGGUGUGUACACUGUGUUUGUGAAGCUGGAUAACACAAAACUGGAAUUACUGCAUCCACUUGGAGAAAAUAGCCCUAUUCAAAAUUUCCUGGACAAGAACAAGAACGGAGGAAUGCACCACAUCUGCAUCGAGGUGAAUGACAUCAAAUCUGCCAUGGCUGACCUACAGGCACAGAAGAUUCGCUGCCUUAGCAAGGAGCCCAGGAUUGGAGCCCAUGGGAAGCCUGUUGUUUUCCUGCACCCCAAGGAUUGCGCAGGAGUGUUGGUAGAACUCGAAGAAGCUUAGCUCAAAGGAAGGAUACUAGAGGGACCUUGGCACAUUAUAUUUUGUUUUUGUGUAAAGUAGCAGGGUAGAGUUUGUAAGCCAUGAUUAAUAUUGACAAGGUAUUCUGGGUGUGAUGGAAGUGUAUUUUAUACCUUCCAGACUAACAUGUAUUUAGUUACUUGUAAGUAAUUUCUUAUUUAAUGAGGACUUCCCUGCAGCAUCUGGAUAUUUUUGUUAGUCAUAGAAUACAUUGAUGUAAAUAAAUAUCUUCAUUGUA